AUGGAGAAGCCAUACACCCCACCCUUGCUAUACCCUCAAAGGGUCAAAAGGGAGCUUAAGGAUCAACAAUUUCCUAAGUUCCUAGAGGUUUUCAAGAAGCUAGACAUUAACAUCCCACUUGCUGAAGCAUUGGAGCAGAUGCCUCUAUAUGCAAAAUUCCUCAAGGAGCUCAUCAACAAUAAGAGAAGCUGGAAUGAAAAAGAUACUGUGAUUUUGACACAAGAAUGCAGUGUAGUGAUUCAAAAAGGCCUGCCACCAAAACUUAAAGAUCCUGGAAGUUUCUUUCUAUCAUGCACCAUUGGUAACAUGCUAAUUGGUAAGGCCUUGUGUGAUUUAGGCUCGAGCAUCAAUUUGAUGCCACUUUCCAUGAUGAGAAGGCUAUUUAUUGAAGAGGUGAAGCCUAUAAGAAUGUCCUUUCAACUAGCAGAUAGGUCACUUAUUAGACCUAGUGGAGUGGUCGAGAAUCUCCUAGUUGAGGUGGAAAAGUUCAUAUUUCCAGCAGACUUUGUGAUUUUAGAUUUAGAUGAAGAAGGAAACGAUUCCAUCAUAUUGGAAAGACCUUUUCUAGCCACAGCAAGGGCCAUAAUAGAUGUAGAAAAAUGA